AUGGAAGAUGAUCUCAUUAUUGAUUCAUCUCCUCCUUCAACAACACAAACAUAUACCAAAGAACAAUUAAAGUUAAAGUUCAAAUUAGCUAAUAUUGAUGAAAUUUCGAAUAAAAAGGCGAAAGAUAUUAAAGAAAAAACAGAAGAAAUCAAAAGAUUAUUGAGUAGAAGAACUGACCGAUUUACAAUUGUCGCAAAUGGUAUAAAUAAAACACAUUUAGCUAGCUGGUGGUCAAAUUUUGGUUUUGCUAAGGAAACUGUAUUAGGUGAAAGUUUUCUAGUCACAAAUUUUGUUUCUUGUCAACACUGUUUUACUACUUAUCGUUAUGGUUCAUCAUCAACUGAAUCAAUUUCACGUCAUCAGUGCAACAGUACAUCUCCUACAUCGAACAAAUCUUCUGCUGUCGAAUAUGCAUUCACAUUAGAUAAACAUGUUUUCAAAGAGAAAAAAACAUUUAGUCAUUUAGAACAACAAAAUCUUACAAAACUUUUUUCAAAUUGGAUAUGUGAUAAUUUGCGUCCUAUAUCAAUAGUUGAUGAUUCAGGCCUUCGAGAAGUUUGUUCAUUUUUCUAUUCUUUAGGUGAAAAACAUUUUGGUCGUUCAAUGGAUUUAAAUACUCUCUUUCAAUCUCGGCAAACUAUAUCACGUUCUAUAUCGAAUGAAGCAAAACAAUAUCGAGAUUGUUUAAAUCGAUAUCGACAAUUGUCGUACUUAGGUGUAACAGUAACAUUCGUUGAUUCGCAUCUUCAUUUUCGAAAGUUUACCUUAUGUUGUCGAAGUUUUCCUGUUGAACUAACUAAAACUGGUGAAAAUAUUUCUAAAGUUUUGAAAGAAGAAUUAACUCGAUAUGGUAUUGAACGUUUUGAUUGUGUUCAAUGGGUUAGUGAUCGUGGAUCAAAUUUUAUACGUUGUUUCAAUCUUAAUAUGAUUGAGCCAAUAUUUUGUUUUGCUCAUCGAAUUCAUAAUGUAUUAACUAUCACAUUUAUUAAUAAAAAGAUUGAUGGAUAUUUCAACGAUGUCGAUAUUGAUGACAUACCCGAUAAUUUAGCUGAAGCAGAUCUUCUUGCUGAUCAACAUUUGCCACUUAGUGCUAAAAGAGUUUUACUAACUAUUAAAUAUACAAAAGCCCUUGUUCAAUAUGUGAAAAAAUCAAAUUUAAAUGAAUUAAUAGUCAAGCUUGGUGAUGAAGGGACUACAACAUUGAAACAGUCUGUACCAACAAGAUGGUUAUCAUUAUUUACAUGUGCUGAAUCAGUUUAUAGUAAUUUCGAUACAAUAAUUUUAGCUUUGGAAAAUCAUCGUGCAACUAAAUAUAUGAAUGAUUUAACCAAAUACAAUUUACUUGAUAUAUUGUUAUUAUUAGCACCUUUACAUUCUGCACUUGGAGCAAUUCAAACUGAUGAAACACCUUCGUUGCAUUUAGUUGUUCCUUUCUAUCAAAAAUUAUUACGUGAUUAUGGUUCUUAUUAUAAAUUACUUUUAUCGGCAAAAAAAAAAUUUCCAUCGAUAUUUCAAACAUCAUUUGCUGUAGACUAUUUAGUAACUGAACCUAGUGGUGUAGAGUUCUUCAGACAACGUAUUCUGGAGAAACUGACUGAAGUUUUUAUUUUUGAUGAUCGUCACUAUAUGGCAAUGUGUCUACAUCCAGCUCAAAGAGAAUUAGAUGACGUUGCUUAUCAGAUUCGAAAUAAUUGUUACAGCAAUAUUCGAAAGUAUUUACAAGAGAAUGAAUCUCAAUCUGCUAUUGUAACAACAGAUCGUACUUUAUCUUCGAAGAAGAGAAGAAAGCUUUUGCACAAGUUUUUGGACGAGGACGAUGAUGAAGGUGGUAAAGAACAAAUGGAGGUUUUCUUCGAGCCUGAUUUCGAUACUGAUAAUGAUAUUGAUCUUAUUCAUAAACCAGAUGGUGUACGUCCAACAUCUCCAUCGACCGUGUCUACAGAAUUUUCCUAUCGAACAAAUUAUCAAGCAUUUAAACCUGAUGAACUUGAUCAAUAUCUGGAAGCUGACUUUCCAUCAUCCAUAGUCAAAGAGAAUCCACUUGAAUUCUGGUCGACUGAAUUUGCAUCCGAGAGAUUUCCUCUUUUGAAAUCUCUAGCGCGCAAAUACGUUCCAAAAAUCACAUUAUUAAUACCAUCGCGGCAGCGGCGCGGCAUGGACUUUUCGAAAACCACCGCGUCGCGGCAGCGGCGCGGUUCAAAUUUUUGUGAGACCUUCGCGGCGCGGCGCGGCGCGGUUCAAAUUUUUGUGAGACCUCCGCGGCGCGGCGCGGCGCGGUUCAAAUUUUUUGGAAACCUCAGCGGCGCGGCAGCGGCUGAUUUUCAACCGCGAUGGACAUCUCUGNCAUUAUUAAUACCAUCGCGGCAGCGGCGCGGCAUGGACUUUUCGAAAACCACCGCGUCGCGGCAGCGGCGCGGUUCAAAUUUUUGUGAGACCUUCGCGGCGCGGCGCGGCGCGGUUCAAAUUUUUGUGAGACCUCCGCGGCGCGGCGCGGCGCGGUUCAAAUUUUUUGGAAACCUCAGCGGCGCGGCAGCGGCUGAUUUUCAACCGCGAUGGACAUCUCUGCUUGAGAGUAAUAAAAUUAAGUAUUGGAAAUCACAUCGAUUACGCAAUUUGGGAAUAUCUAAGCGUGAAAUGUGGAACAUGCCAUUAUAUAUCUUUAUCGAUGCGUCUCGAUCGUCAACGAUAGUAUCAUUAAUAUUUAUCAAACAACGUGUGAAAUUAAAGUUAAAUGAGGGAGACAAUCAGAAGCUAAUCGAGAGAAAAUAUGACUUAUAA